UGAUGAAAACCGAAAGGAGGAAGCGGAGUGACUCCUGCUGGUGUCAGAGACUGGGUGGUGCCAGUUUUGUUUUCUGGGACUUCCUGCCGUGGUGCUAUCAAUAAGUGUGAUUUAAUAGCAUUUUCAGUCUGCCGUGUGGAACCUGUGUCGUGGGAUUGUCGGACGAGUAGUUUGAAAACACCUCCCCCAUAAUUUGGGAAAUUGUGACCUUACAGCGGGAACUUUUAGGGGGAUAUUCAGGCUCAAGUUUCGCAGUUACGGCUUUGAGAUAUGGAAUUUCAUUUCCGAUACACUGUGAGUCUCAUGUCCAUCCUAUUGGUUAUGCACAUCAGUUACAUGGAUGAUUCAUUGAACAUGAGAAAACAUUCAGAAUGGAAGAAGCUCAUUUUGACUCAUCAUUGGCCAGUUACAGUAUGUAAGCUGGCUGAAGUGAAAUGUAAAAACCUUCCAAAUUACUGGACAUUACAUGGAUUGUGGCCCGAUAAGUCACAAAUGUGCAACAAUUCCUGGCCUUUUGAUUGCUCUGAAAUACAGGACAUUUUGCCAGAAAUGAACAAGUGUUGGCCUGACCUCUUUCAUCAAAAUCACUCUGUAUUUUGGAAGCAUGAAUGGCAAAAGCACGGGACCUGUGCGGCAUCAUUACCAUGUCUAAACUCCCAACACAAUUACUUCAGCAAAGGCCUUGAAAUGUAUAGCAAUGUGGAUCUUAACAGUGUCCUUGUAAAAUCUGGAAUCAAGCCAUCAAAUACAUACCAGAUGAAAGAGAUUGAAGAUGCAAUUGUGAAUGUAUAUGGAGUAGUGCCAAAAAUUCAGUGUCUUCCUCCGCAGCAGGGUGGAGAUCCACAAAUUCUUGGACAAAUUGAAAUUUGUUUUUCAAAAGACUUUAAGUUGAUAAACUGUACAGAAACCUCAGAUGAGGUUUUGAUGACUGAAGAUGAGCCACAAAUAAAUUGGAAAGCCUAUCAUGAAGAAUUACAUGUUUGUGACAAUCACAUUAACACUUUCUAUCCACCUGUACAAUAAUUAUUUGGUAGUCCACAUAGCAAUACAAAAAUGAAAGCAUAUUUUAAUAUUGGUUCCAUAACUAAUAAAUUAACAAGUUAAAAAUUAAAUGUCCGCAAAUAGAAAUUUAGUAGCACUUGUAUAACAUAUCAUAUGUAUUCCCUCCUUCAUACAGUUUUACACCCAAUUUUUCAAUUAUUCUUUAGUAUCCCUAGAUGCUAAAUUCUCUUAUUUCAGAAAAUGGUGACAUUAGAGGUUAUAUACAGGAUGUCCCAUGCCUUGAACUCAUAGAUACAAUAUUUAUUUGAACAAGAGAGAAAGUACAGGUUGAGUAUCCCUUAUCCAAAAUUCCAAAAGGAAAUUCAGAAUUUUUUUGAGCACCAACUAAGAUAGUGAUACCUUUGCUCUCUGUUUAAUGUACAAAAACUCUGUUCCAUGCGCAAUAUUGUUUAAAAUUACAUACAGGCUAUGUAUCUAAGGUAUAUAUAAAACAUAAAUUAAUUUUAUGUUUGCUUGGGUUCCAUCCCUAAGAGAUCUCAUGAUGUAUAUGUAAAGUAUCAUUUAUCGGAAAUGCUUGGGACCAGUAGUAGUAUUGGUAGAAUUGAGUAUCUUUAGUUAGUUCAUUAAAAUAGUAUUAAAAAAAAAUAAGUGCUCAAAAGAGAAAAGUGUUUUUAAAAGGAAAAGGUUUUAUCCAUGUAUCAUUUAAUCUCUUAUUUUUAAAAGUAGGACAUUUUAGUUGCACUAUUAUAUAUCUUUCCUUUUUGUCUCUUCCAGAAAUAAUAUUACACAGCAGUUUGCUGACAUGAGUUUGACUUAAGUUACUGCUUGUAAAAGUUUUUCUUAUCUACCAGUUUUAAUUAGUAGUUAAUCAAAUGGAAUUUAAAUACAUAUAAACAUAUUACCUCCAAUGCUCCACAACCAAGAACUUACAUUUUAUGUUUGAACAAAUGCCUAUUUCUAUUGUAAUUCUGAUGAGUGAUGCUGCUCUUUUUAAUGAGAAGAAAUAAUACAUUUGAAAUGUUUUAGACGUAGAAAUGUGAUUUUCUAGAUGAAGAUUUUUGUGUAAUUCAGGGGCCCAAGUCACAUGCUUUCUCUAACACACAAGUUAAAACAGGUACUAUAUUUGAAAUGUUUGCUAUUGCUUCUUGCUUACUGUCUUGGCUAUUGCAGCAUUAUCUUUGGAGCUUUAAAUUUCAUAUAUGCACCCUAAUAACUACAGUACAUGAUAAUUAAUAAUCUCUAAUAGACUGUCAUAUGUUUCUUUUAGUAAUAUAAACAAUACUACAAGUGACUUUAGAAAAUUAUAGUAUUUUAAUGUUUAUGAUUUGAGCUACUGUAAAUUGUUGUAAUUUGGCAGUGGAAAUUAAAAGGAGUACUCAUAAA